ACAAGAAUCUGUUAAUUUCACAGAAAUUCGGAUAAUCAAAGAAGCACAUUGAUUCAGUGAACUUGUGGGCAUGUUGAGAACUAAGCAAAGCAUGUGGCAUAUCAAUUCACUGUUCUGAUAAGAGAAAUUUCGGGACAUUGAAAAACUGCACACUCUCAGAUUUUCCCUCAAAUUGAGUCACAGGAUUAGACUAGAAUUUCAUGAUGACAAAAGGCUACAUGUUGUGUUUUUUCAUUACGCUACUGUUUUCAGAUAUCAAGUCAGAAAAGUACAAAGGUACUCAUCUUUCUACAAUAUUUGAAGACAAUCUGAUUGUACCUCAUUUACUUCCGAACAAUCCCGAGGAACUCUGCACCAUCAUUUAUGAGCCAAAUUUGAUCAUAAGUACUGCCCAACCAUACUACGUGUAUCAAAUACAAGGCUUACCCGAGAUAGAAUGGGACUCAAAAUCAGAAAAAUAUUACACUGUGGUAGUACUGGGUGCAAUUCAAAAAGAAGUUCAACGACCUACCACGGUAUCGGUACUGGAAAAUGAUACUAAUUAUACUCUACAGUGUCCAGUACAAUGGUGGCACCACUGGGUAAUUGUUGAUGUUCGUAAAAAUGAUCUCAAGACAGGGACAAUCAUACAACCUUUCACUGUAAACUCGAAUGUUCCUCAACCAAAUGAUACGCAUAAGCUUGUCUUUGCAUUUGCAGUUUAUGAACAACCGAAAAAACUCAAACUUCAAGUAGAUGAUAAUGAAAAUUCACCGAAAGCAUUAUUGGAACGUUACUUUACUCCCUUGUCAAAAUACGUGGAGAGCUUCAAAGAAACGGUUUUAAUAGCAGGAAAUUAUUUUUACGCCGUUUUCAAACCACAAGGCCUUGUUCUUGAUUCCUCACCUGUCAGAAAUCUACUCAUGAAAGCUAUUAAAAACAGAAUGGUGAUAUAGAAGUGAUCUUGGAAACGAAUAAAUUUUUUUACGUCAAA